GCGGAAUGGAAGCGGCGGCUUCAGUCGCCCGCGAACCUCCGCCGAAGAACGUUCUCCACGUCGUCGUUCUGAGUCGACAACGUGGUCGCCCGCGAGCGACCUUCGUCGAUCGAACGCGCGACGAUCUCAGAUCUCGCGGGAACAGAGAGAGAGAGAGAGAGAGAGAGAAGGGAAGGAACGAAGGGUGUAAAAAUCGACAAGAGGGAACCGGCUGAUUUUCUUUUACCGCAGCGCGACCUCGCGAGUAACGCGAGGCGGGGAUCACCGAUGUUGUUGAGAAGCCUCGGUAGCGAGGCGAGGUUCAAGGAACGAGAAUGAGGACGAUCCUGAACGCGUGUUGCGAUCUCUGUGUCGACUCGGGCGAGUAAAAGCGCGCGGAAUAGUCAUGUGGAAGUGUUGGGUCCUGUUUCUGUGCGUCGCAGGUUUAUCCUCGGCUGUCUUGUUGAAUUCAACGGAUCAGCACAUCGGUUCCUCAUUGAACAAUCAGUCGGUGACGUUGCGACAGAACGAACCUGUGAGACGAUUCGCGUGUCCUAUAGGAUUCUUUCGACUGAAACGAUUCUGCUAUUACUUGAGCGCCGGCACAGCGCCAUGGCGGGAAGCGCACUUUCAUUGCAAGGACAGAAACGCCACUUUAGCUAUCCUGGACAGAAAUGGAAAGGACAGAAUGCUGAGGAGGUAUCUGAUGGGGGAACAGUUCACGAAAUUGGAGCGAUGGAUCGGCGGGAUCUUCAACUGGCAACAGAAGGCCUGGGAAUGGGGCGUUACCGGUGAGAAGAUGGUUUUCCAGAGUUUCGGGAAACAAGAGUCCGGGAAAUCUGACAAGUUCGCAUGGCACUGUGUCAUAAUGGAUCCGGCAUUGAAGUACAAGUGGAGUCCGAAAAGUUGCGUCGAACGGAAGCAUUAUAUAUGCGAAGUGCCUGCAGGUCGUUUAGUCAGAAGACGUAAGAAAUCGGACCCCUUCGCGCCGCAAAAUCAAAGAUUAAAGCCCAGGAAGAAGGGCAAGAAAUACUCAGAAGAACAGAGGAGGCUAGACGGAAGAAAGAAAAGCCGAGUGAACUGGCGAAGGAACUGGACGGAUCAAGCGGAGAACCAGCAAUGGGCUCACGGUGUAAAACUAGGCUCACGGCCACCUUCCAGUCAUAGGAUGGCACAGCCUAGAGAUCGCGCACGGCAUCGUCCCAACAAUAGGACUCGCUUGCAACCAUCUGUGCCGAGGGUGGCUCAGGUGUUGCCGCGGGGACGAGAUUUCAGCGCUUUCUUGGGCGAUGGACCCAACCAUCAGCCUCAGAAAUUGGCUGACAUGAGUCACGAUUUUACGCAAUUCCACAAUAAAAUCAACGACUUGGCGCGAGAGGAGGUUCUGUUUAAGCCAUGAAGGAGAAACCGUCGAACCGUCAUGUCGAUAACUGGUUACGAUUGCAGCUUCGACGCUUUACUAUCGUUUUUUAUAUAUGACGAUCCUUCUGUUAUAAUGGUGAAAUUAAAUUAUGCGUCUCGUUCGCUCACGUCAAUCAAAAUUCGAUCAAACGAUGUUAACCCCGCCAGAGUUAUUUUAUCGUGACUUAAUUACGGCUA